CAUGGAAAAUACGCGUGCGUGGAAGUGGCGCGCAUGCGCAGUGUAACGUAGGUCGUGGUAGGCGCAGGUGGGAGGUUUGCUAUGUUUUUGCUUUAAGUUGAACUCGGCUUCAUUUUCCCGGUAGAACUUUUUAAGAGUCAUCGAGCGGUUUGUUGGUGUGUGUUUUAGCUGUGAGGAGAGUCACACAGCAGCACAAUGCAUGUGUGUGUGUGUGAGACAGAGCUCCAACAGCAUCAUGAUAAGUUCCAGCAGAAAUGCCAUGGUGUCUAUACACAACUCCUGGGUGUGUACAUCUCCUACUGAGCUGAGAGAGAUCCUCAUAACACCACAGGAAGAUCUCACCACACAGGCUGGCCUGGAUUCUCCUUCUUCUUCUGCCCUGUAUGAACCUGUUCGCUUGGAGCGGGCGGAGGAAUCAUCUCCAUGCGUCAUCACCCUGCUGUGUCGACCUGAUUCUGGUGCCGUGAUCAGCAGCGUUCAGAUCGUGAGUGAAGCGAGGACGGUCGAGGUCUACUCGCUCUCUGGUGACUACUGUGGGACGAGCCGUGGUGAGGAAGAUCCCAGAUGGCAGCAAAGCAGUGGUGAAGAGAAAAGACUCAUCUACAGGAGCCGCUUGGUGUUGGAAUCUCCGCUCGCGUCAUGUGAAGUGAAGCUGCUCUCGCUUGGCGGGCGAUCGGUCGUGGAAAUCCGUCAGGUGGCUGUGGGACUGCAGUUCUGUCCAGGGGCCGAGUUCGGGCACGGCCCGGGCACUGGCAUUGACCUUCAUCGUGUGCAGGCUAUGAUGAAGGAGAUGGGCACCACACUGUCACCUGGGGCACAGAAUCUUAUGGAGAUGGUGCAGUUUCAGCAGAAGAACAAAGCUGACGUCCUUGGUGGCUUCUUGCCGCUGCUGAUGAGUGGUGGUGGUGGUGGUGUGUUAUCAUGUAUAGCCAAACGAACCUCACGUGAUGUUGGACCUGAUGGCACACAAUUACCGCCUGGACCUCAAUCUGGAACAUACUCUGCCACCGAGAACAGCCCCUCAGAUGCUGUAGCAGGUGUUCAGGGAGGAACCCUGAGUCCCGUCAGCCCUGAUCUGCUUCCCAUGCUGCAGAGUGUGUGUGGUCAGGUUACACAGCUCCGGCUGGAUGCUCUGACCUCACCAGAGAAGAAGACGAAUGGCGAACGAGAGGAUCCCGUAUGCUACGGAGGUCUGGAGAAAGUUUUGGAGAAAGUGGUGGAGAAACGGAUGCAGGAUCUGGAGAACAGGUUGAAGGAGCACAUGGACUCGCGCCUGGAUGCCAUUCAGCAGCGACUGGAGCUCACGUUACAUCAGAUGGCGCUCCUCGCUAACACACCCAAACCCCAAUAAACUCACUAACCAGCACUACUGCUAAUGAGCUGCACAAGUGCUGUCUGAGGAUGGGUUUAUUACACUAACUCUGCUAACAGUUCAUCUGAAGAACUUGUUGCUAAUCUUUACGGGUUCUUCUUGAAAACUUUAAUGGUUAAAAGAAAUAAUGUUUUUUAACAAGACUCAAUCACUCAUUCAUUAAUUUUUAUUGAUGGAGAUAGACACAGUUGAUAAUCCACAUGCGUGAAUUUUAAUGCCAAAGCUGCUUUCCAACAUCUAAUAUUCACUGUAAACACACACAAUCUUGACACUGCUUUAAAUUCAAACUGAAAAGGUGUGCAGUGAUGGAAACUUUUGUUGUUUUUUUUAACCCAGUGACGGCACUGAAUCCCUUGAGGCUGAACUGGAACACCGCUUCACUCCAGGACACAUGACUCACUCACAUCAUACUAUCCAACUCUUUUGGAAGUGGUGCAGCGGUUCAGCCUCCUGGGACCUGAUCUUAAGAAUGGUUUAAAUCCUGUUUUUCUUGUUUGUGGUGAUUGUUCAUUGACAUUGUAUUUAAUGGUUUACAUUAAACCAACUGGAGAACUAAGGACAAAAAAAAGAAACAUUAAAAUGUGGUGAUACUAAAACACAGA